AUGAGUACCAUGUGUUCUCAACCGCAGCAGUUCUGGUACACCCAAACACCAUCCAAAGUUCUCCAUGUUGGGAAUCUUCCCGUGGAGUGCAUCGAAGAAGAGCUGGUCAAACUCUGCAAACCCUUUAGCAAGAUUGUCAAUACCAAGUGCAAUGUCGAUGCCAAUCACAAUCAAGCCUUCGUUGAAUUUGUGGAUAUUAAUCAGGGAGUUAACAUGGUUGCAUAUUGUGCUUUAGCUUCAGAACCACCACAAGUUCGUGGCAAAACAGUCUAUAUCCAGUACUCGAACAGGAACGAAAUUGUCAAUAACAAGAGUUCGGGAGAUGUUCCAGGCAAUGUCUUGCUUGUUACAAUUGAGGGAGUUGAAGCUGGUAAUGUCAGCAUUGAUGUCAUUCACUUGGUAUUUGCAAUAGCGUUUGGAUUUCUACUUUUCUUUUUACACAUGGAUUCUUGUUUUGUUUCCUCGCGCAGGGAUUAUACAAAUCCUUAUCUUCCUGUUAAUCCUACUGCAAUGGAAGGUUUUGUUCAACCCGUUGUAGGUCCUGAUGGAGAGAAUAAGGAAGUUGAGAGUAAUAUGCAGCUCGCAUCCAUUGAGAAUAUGCAAUAUGCAGUCAAUGUGGAUGUUCUUCACACGGUACUCUCUGCAUAUGGUACUGUCCAAAAGAUUGCAAUAUUUGAGAAUGGUGGAACACAGGCCCUAAUCCAAUAUCCUGGUAAGUUGCUCAUGAACUACACAUCCGUCAAAUUUUCCUAAUUGCAAAGAAAGAAAGUCUCAAAUA